AUGUCGAAGCCCUCGCUUGCUACGCUCUCAGAGUACCGCUGGGCCAUUGCGGCCGUGGCUCUUGUCGGUACCCUUGCUCUCAAGAGUACUUUGAACAAGAGAAAGCGCAAUCCUCGUGGGUUGCCACCUCCACCUGGUCCCAAAGGCUUGCCUCUCCUCGAUAACCUUCUUCAAAUACCGCAAGAAAACGCCUGGAAGGUCUACAAUGAGUGGAGGAAGGAGUACGGUGAUAUCAUCUACCUCGAGGCCCUGGGUCAGCCCAUCAUGAUCCUGAACUCACUAGAAGACUGUGUUGCAUUAUUCGACAAGAGGGCUACCAACUACUCUGACAGAGCUGAGAUCCCAGCUGUCGAUAUGAUGUCCUUAACCUGGAGUUUCGCCCUGAUGAGCUACGGCGCCAGCUGGAGAAGCCACAGGCGUGCAUUCCACCAAUUCCUCAACCACACCCAAGUCCCGCAAUACCGACCGGUCCUGGAACAAGAAACACGCAUGUUCCUUCAAAGAUUGCUGCAAGACCCCAAAGAGUUCAUGGAAGAUAUUCGAUACCUCUUUGGUUCGAUCAUCAUGCGCAUCUCAUACGGUGUCUCCGACUUCAACUACAACAAAUCACUCAUCAUCGACGGCGAGAACCUCAUCGAAGGCUUUGCAGAACUCGUCGUUCCCGGACGUCUCCUAGUCAACAACUUCCCCGCCUUGCGACACGUACCCGAUUGGUUCCCCGGUACUGGUUGGAAGAGAGAGUUGGCCAGGCUCAGGCAACUCAGCAAGCGGAAGGACGGCUCAGACAAGGAAGAAUAUCCCAGCAUCGCCAAAGGCCUCCUCGACAAAAUCCGCACUAGCAAUCUAUCGCCCGCAGAGGCUCUAGAGCAAGAAACAAUCGGCAGAAACACUGCAGCCCUCUCAUAUAUCGCUGGCGCCGACACUUCCGUAAGCUCAGCCCAAGCCCUCUUCUUCGCCCUCGUCACCCACCCGCACGUCCAAGCCCGCGCACAAGCCGAACUCGAAUCCGUCAUCGGCAAAGACCGCCUUCCCAAACCCGAGGAUGUCGAGCGGCUACCCUACAUCCAAGCCAUCGUAAAAGAAACCGGGAGGUGGCAUGUCAUCGUGCCGUUUGCGAUCCCACAUCUCUCCAGAGAAGACGACGAGUACAAGGGGUACUUCAUCCCGGCAGGAACAGUGGUGAUGCCCAACUCAUGGGCAAUCCUGCACGACCCAGAAACCUUCCCAGACCCCUUCACCUUCAAACCCGAACGGUACCUCACACCCGACGGCGAACUCGACACAUCCAUGCUCGAUCCAGAAGUCGCUGCAUUCGGUUACGGUCGGCGGAUCUGUCCAGGCCGACAUCUAAGCAACGAAUCCCUGGCUCUCAUGGCCGCUUCAGUCCUCUCCGUGUUCGACCUAGCACCACCCAAGAACGAAAAAGGCGAACCAAUGGAGAUCAAAUUGGAGACAUUGGCGGAUUCCUUGGUCGCGUAA